AUGGACCUCUUCAAAUCCUUCAUGAGUAUCAUUUUCGUCGGCUACGACAACGAGCUUCAGCAAGCGCCGAGCUGCCACCAGAUGCCCAAAUUCAAGAACCACAAAUUCGGCUCACAUUGCUACCGAAGAAACAAAACUGUCGUAAAAUACCCGGGCAUGUCUCUGCGCCACAGCCUCACUUUGGGCAUUGUACCCUCAGCCCAGGAGCAAAUGAGGAUGAAAUUGAUGCAGAUCCUCAGAUUGAAGUGCCACCCCGUGUUCUUGGACCUAAAAACAAAUUUGGUAGCAGCAGUCUACAAAAACAUCUAUGAAUUGGUUUUCCUCCAGGCACUCAGAUUCCAUGUGUUUGCCCGGAGUUUACCCUUUGGCCAAAGGGUCGCAAAGAUCCCUUUCAACUUUCUGAGGAUGGUAUGGAACAUGGCUUAUUACACCAGUCAUCUCAUCGGCCAAAGCAACAAAGGUUUUCCACUCAGAUACAUUGGAUUCCAUUUUAAGAAAAUUAUUCUCACAGGCAAGCGCAGUCUGGAGCGCCGUCUGGGAGAUUUGCAACUGGCCAGGGUGAGACAGGCGGCCAACCCUUGUGUGGGUCCAUCCCAGUGGUCCUCUGGAGUGGCCACCAGGCAAGACUGGGUGGUGAAGGAAAAUAACUUCUCUGACACAACCAUCUUUGUGAGCCAAAGAUUGUAUUCUGCUCACAUGCUGAUGUCAGGAAGUCUUCCCCAAUAUGACAUCCGCAAGUCCUUGUGUUAA